AUGCGGAGACACGUCUCACGGACAAACUCGCUUACCCGCAAGCGGCUCCGACCGCUGGUGGGCCUGGGUCUGGAGGAAGGUGGCAGGUUCAGCCGCCAUGCUGUGGCCGUCUAUGCGAUCCGCACUUUCACCCCGCCCCACCCGCGGACGUUCAUGUGUUGUGUUGUUGGCGCGUCGCGGCAAUGCGGGGCGACGGCGGCGAUGGACUUCGUCGAACUGGCCCAGCGGAACAAGUAUUGGGCGCCAGUCGCUGUCCGGGGUGAUGCAGGCAUGGCAGAUGUCGUGGCAUGCCCGCGAUGCUCACGUAUGCUGGAUGGGGAGGAGGCCGCCGUGCCUUCUGUCGUUGGCAUGCCAUCAUGCCAAGACUGUCGACGAACGUGA